AUUGGUCCCUAGGAUACCAAUUUAUUUUUUCUCCAUUCACUCAUCUUUGCCUUUUCAUUGUGUAUUAGGUACUUCCACCUCAUUUAAUUUAACCAAAAUGUUAAAUAAAUAUUUUAGGUUAAUUUUCUCAAUUUUCCUCUUAAUCACAGUGCGUUCUAGCCUGUGUGAUGAAAAUACCGAUUCUAGUGAGACAGACAGUGUCGACAGUCCAUCAUUACCACCAUUACCAUCGCCAUCCUCGAGUGAAGAAGAGCUGAUUGAUUAUCAAACUCCUGAUAUACCCUUGGAUAAUGUCUACCUUUAUGAGCCUUUUGAUGAUAAAGAUAGUUUUCACAAAAAUUGGGUCACCUCAAAGGCUACAAAGUCAGAUUCCGAGGAUGGUAAAUACGACGGAGAAUGGGAAAUUGUGCCCACAGUCGAAAGAAUACCAGGUGAUCUCGGACUUAUGAUGAAUAGUCGCGCACGACAUCAUGCAAUAGGAGCUAAAUUCACAAAACCAUUUGAUUUCAAAGGAGGUAAUUUGGUGGUCCAAUAUGAUGUACAAUUCAGAAAUGGACAAGAAUGCGGUGGAGCUUAUCUCAAACUUUUACAAGCCCCUAGUGGAGAUCUGAGUAAAAUUCAUGAUAAGACUCCUUAUUCUAUUAUGUUUGGUCCUGAUAAAUGUGGAAAUGAACAUAAACUUCAUUUUAUUUUCAACCACCGAAACAAGAAAAAUAAUUCUCUUCGUGAGAUCCAUUGGAAAAAAGCUUCAACUGUUACUGGUCUUAAUGAAGCUAUCACUGAUAACAAAUGGCAUCUUUUCAGACUUGUAGUUCGACCAGACAAUAGCUAUGAAAUUUCUGUCGAUAAAAAAAUUGUAGGAAAAGGUAGUCUUCUAGAAGAUUUCAAUCCACCAGUUAAUCCACCUAAAGAAAUUGAUGAUCCAGAUGAUACAAAACCAGAGGAUUGGGAUGAAAGAGAAAAAAUUCCGGAUCCUGAUGCCAAAAAACCAGAUGAUUGGGAUGAAAAUGAACCUAGAAAAAUCGUAGAUUCAAAUGCGCAAAAGCCAUCAGAUUGGCUUGAAGAUGAACCAGAAAUGAUACCAGAUCCUGAAGCCAAAAAACCCGAAGAUUGGUCUGAAGAAAUGGAUGGAGAAUGGGAACCUCCUUUAAUUAAUAAUCCAAAAUGUGGAUCUGUAUCCGGUUGUGGACCAUGGAAAGCUCCCCUAAUUGAUAAUCCAAAAUACAAAGGAAAAUGGAAGCCACCUCUUAUCUCUAAUCCAAACUAUCAAGGCAAAUGGGCUCCUCGAAAGAUUCCUAACCCAGAUUAUUUUGAAGAUCUUAAUCCUUAUAAAAUGAUUCCUUUUGAUGGUGUUGCCUUUGAACUAUGGACCAUCUCUGAUGGCAUAGCCUUUGACAAUAUUUUGAUCACCAGUGAUAUCGACCUUGCCAACAAUGUGGCUGACCAUACGUAUCAACUCAAGAAAGAUAUCAACGACGAAAAGACUGACAAUUGGUUCCAAAGUUUUAUCCGUUCUACAAAUAAGAAACCCUGGCUUUGGGCCGUUUACAUUCUUUCCCUUUUAGUGCCUAUUUUCAUGCUUAUGCGUGUUUUAAGUCCUAAAAAGAAAGAUUCAGAAGGAAAGAAAAAAAGUUCAGAAAAUGAACAAAAAUUUGAUGCUAGUGGGGAUGAUAUAAGUAAUGUAGCUGGUCCAUCAACUUCAUCAAGUAAUCGAGCUUCACCGCCAACAACUAGAGGAGCAUCAUCUUCAUCACCAAGUUCAGCUCAAGAACAAGAAUUUAAAGAAGAAAUGGAAGUUUCAACGGAAGAAGAAGAAGUAGAAGAAGACGAUGACGAAGAAGGCGAAGAAGGCGAAAGAGAAGAGAUUAUCAUUGGUCAAGAUAAUGAGGAAGAAAAUGAUGAUGAAGAAGAAGAGGAAGAAGAACCUGAGAUAGAGGAGAAAGAAGUAGAAGAAAAGGGCAAAGCCAGAUUAAGACGAGCACGUAGAGAAUAGUCAUCUUUUUUGAUCAUUUUCUUUAUGAAGAUCAAUUAUCACUUUAGUAUCUAGUUUAUGCAAAAAAAACAAAAUUUUGAUAAACCAAACAAUGUAACUUUACUUUACCUUUCUCUCAUUUUUGAAAAUUUUACCAUGCUUCCCUAUCUCGUCUAAAAUAAUCUUUUCCUUUACUCUUUUCUCAACUCCCAAUUCAUCAUCCUUGAAUAAUAUUCUAAAUUCCGUUUUUUUUCAAAAAAUCA